UGAUUCAGUUAUACGCGAUCGCUUACACAAAAUGGUGGUUGAAACAGGGAUGACAUAUUAGAACAGAUAAAAGUGAAUCGUGGACAGUUGUGCAAUAAGUGAAGUGGGGACCAGUCGUUGUAUUGAAGAUACCAAGAUGCGUGUGAGGUUACAGACUUUGUUUGUGUUGUGGAUUGCCGUGUUGUCGAACGCGAAUGAGGAUUACGAGAAUAAGCUGACCAAGCUCUGGUCGGUAUCAGGAUCGAGCAACAGUGAUGGGUCAGCUGUUUUAAACGUCACGAGUGCUUCAAUUGUGAUACAACCCUCGAGCUACGGCACCGAUCAAGUCGCAAGGGCAUCUAGAGAGAGGAAAUACGCCUUCAAGCCGAGGGCCAUACCGCUCCGAAGGGCUGAGGCUCCCCAGGUCGAGAGAAACGUCUACUAUUCCGAUGAUGUGAACAAGUACAAAUCUGAGGUUCUUUUCCCCGGUAAUUAUUUCCCAAUUGCCAAAGAGAAAAGUAACGAGAACUUAACUAAGGAUUCAGUGUACCAACAAGUUUUUCAUCCCAAAUCUAUACCACUGAUCAGGAGUCAAGAGUUCCAGGCCAGGUCACUCGACACAAACUCAGACCCGAUCAUUGAGAAACCCGAAAGUUUUUCAGAACAGCCCGCAUCAAGACGAUCGCUAUCUUACAUCUUUGGAGAAGACGACGCCGACGAAGACAUUGAGGGUGAUGAUGAAGAAGUAGAAAGAGAAGACUCAGAAAACGGCUCCCCAAAACACAAGUCCAAGAAACCAAAAAUCAAGAAGACCAAACUCAAGAAAUACGUGCUGCCCCUCCUCUUAGCAUACAAGAUGAAAUACUUCGCCCUAGUUCCUGUGAUGAUUGGAGGUCUAAUCCUCCUUGUAGGGGCUACGGGCCUCGCCGGAUUCUUCUUUGCGUUGUUCGCAGCCGUCAUGGGUCUACAGAAAGGAGGCGGUUACUGAACCACAAAAUAGUUAAAUAAAGUCGACUCCAAGUUGCCAUCGAACUUAGAAAUAAUCUGGACUCUGGCCCCUAGUCUAAUAGUUUCACCACCGAUCCGUUUCCGACUUUUCCCUGAUGUUAUGUCAUCUUUGAAUCAUUAAUUUCAUUGUUUCAAAUUAAUUUAGGGCUCGCGCUUUUGUAAAUAGUCUUUCCUGAUAUUGUUAAUUAAUUUAAUAAUUUAUUAGUAGUUUUCAUAGGACUAAUUGAUAAGGAUAGGCAGAUUACGUAGUUACCAAAUGUUAGAAAUGUAUUAUGGUGCUUCUAACGAUAAAUGAUGCAAUUAUACACACAUGCUUUGAGU